AUGGAUGCACAAGUCUUGCCUGUUUACGAAGGUUACACAUUACUAAACGCUUGGCAGUCGGCCCAGCUUGGUGGCAGAAAAAUUCACGAAGACAUCAGGUAUUACUUAAAUGAAAAUGCAAAGUUGCUGGAUGUUAUCAACGGAGAGUCGCAGUUAACCCCUUGUCCAGAUUCUUUUAUUUCGGAACAUAUUAUUGAAGAUAUAAAAGUUCGUACAUGUUUUGUUAGUCCGCAAAGCAGAGCAGCGCAGUGGAAGACUUGGAAAGAUUCUAAUGAAUCAUCGGCCCUAAAGCCCAAUAUGUAUCAAGAAACAUUUGUUUUCCCCUUAGAUAAGUUAGGAAACGAAAGACCAAUUCAAGUACCAUCAGAUAUCCGCGAGCUGGCAGUCGAAUGUUUGUUUUCCGGGGACAACGACCAAACAACAAUCACAACACUAAUUUUACGGUCUAUUUCGUUGGCACCUAUUGAUAUUAGAAGGAAGCUGGCAGAAAAUAUUGUACUCAUCGGCGGCACAACCAUGCUUCCUGGCUUCGUAUCUCGUUUAAUAGAGGAACUCAAUUCACAUGUUGAACUUCCUGAGUUCUCGAAACUACAAGCUUUAAAGGGAUCGUUCAAAUUUCACAAUCCUCCUGGUGAAGCAAAUUAUAUUGGAUGGCUUGGUGGGGCGAUUUUCGGUGCGCUUGAGUGUCUACCAGGACGUUCACUGAAUCGUUCUAGUUUCUUGGAGAAUGGUUUAGUCCCAGAUUGGUGUACCCAAAUCGAUCAGAAACAUAAUGGACUUGAAAGACAGGAUACUACUCGCCAGUGA